AUGUCAGACGCAGACUCCGAGCGAAGCCCUGCUAGCUCCACAGCCACCAGCUCGACAACAGGUGCGAGUCCGAGCUCUACGACUGCUCGCCUCGCCCCUCCACCAACCACAUCGCUUCGGCAGCGCUUCCAGGCGCUGAGGGAGAUGGUACCCGGCCAGAGCCCAGAUGUGAACAUAAAGCUGAGGAAAGAAGACGAUGGCAACUUCAAGAUGAUAGCUCCGGGAACCCCCUUCGAUGAGAUAGAGCUCGAUGAAUCCCUGUUUGUCGCAGGUUCUGAUGGUUCCGAGCGCAAAUCGCAAAAGAAGCGAACCAAGUUUCGCAAGUGGGCGACCGGGCGUAAAUUCGUCUUCCCGAUAGGUAUCGCUAUUGGAGUAGCCCUUUGUGCUUGGGUCAUGAACAGCUACGCAGACCUUCCCACCGACUUCUCCGAAAUCAUGUCGAGCAUCCCAUCAAGUCUCGACCCCCGAGACCUCUUCAACAACCUCACCGCCCUCGAUACCGCCAAGAAGGCGUUCACAAGCCGUGACUUUCUGGUCGGCGAGGACGCGACCAAGAAGGAUGGGCUGAAGAAGCGGCACCCGAUGGUGCUCGUGCCGGGAAUUGUCAGUACGGGGCUGGAGAGCUGGUCGACUGAGCCGGUAUCGAGGACGUUCUUCCGGAAGAGGCUAUGGGGCACCUCCACCAUGAUCCGAGCUGUCGUAUCUAAUAAGGAGAAGUGGCUCGAAGCUAUCAGCCUUGAUCCCGAGACAGGCCUCGACCCUUCCGGAUACAAGGUCCGAGCGGCACAAGGCCUGGACGCCGCGUCUGAAUUCAUUCAAGGGUACUGGGUCUGGCAGAAGAUCGUCGAGAACUUGGCAGUGCUCGGAUACGAUACCAAUUCGAUGGACAUGGCCGCGUACGACUGGCGACUAUCAUACUACAAUGUCGAGAUCCGCGAUGCCUACUUUAGCCGACUCAAGUCCAAGAUCGAGCUUCUCAGGCGGACCAACAAGCAGAAGGUCGUGAUCUGUUCGCACUCUAUGGGAGGGACUAUGGUCUUGUACUUGUACGCGAACCCUGACGUGGAUGGAUUCGGCGGUGGUGCCGGACCCGAAUGGGUCGACGAGCAUAUCGAAUCCUGGAUCAAUAUCGCUGGGUCUAUACUAGGCGUCGCCAAAGCUAUGACGGCGUUCUUAUCUGGUGAAAUGAGGGAUACUGUCGAACUGCAUCCAGCCGGUUCUUGGGUCCUGGAGAAGUUCUUCUCCCGCAAAGAACGCGCAAAGCUCUUCCGGCAAUGGCCAGGUGCAAGCUCUAUGUGGAUCAAAGGCGGGAACCGGAUCUGGGGGACGCACAAUGCCGCUCCGGAUGACCCCCAGAACGCUACCGACUCGCACGGCCGAUUCUUCUCUUUCCGUCAUGCCGGCUCGUCGAGCGAAGAGGCCGAUCUCGACAAAUCGACCGUCUCGCCCAAUCUGACAAUGAACGAGGCGUCGCCGUAUAUCCUUACGCAUACACCGACGACGUUCCAGCGGAUGGUGGAGACGAAUUAUAGUUAUGGAUUUGAGAGUGAUGAGGGGCAAUUGAAGAAGAAUGAUCAUGAUCAUCGCAAGUGGACCAACCCGCUUGAAGUCAGACUACCGACCGCGAAGAAUAUGAAGAUCUACUGUCUUUACGGGCACGGCAAGGAGACUGAGCGGUCAUACUGGUAUAUGAAGGAGGAGUAUGAGCAUGAUGAGUCAAGAUCGGAAGCUAUCGGUGAAGAGGCUAUCUGCAACCCCUCCGACUCCUCAGCCGACAACAAUACCUGCGUCACUCAACGAACACCCCUCGACUUCCCUCUCGCCCGGAAGCACCGGAUAGACGUGGAUGUGACGGUGAAGGGGUCGCGGCCUGAGGUCCGGUCAGGUGUCAAGUUUGGAGAUGGGGAUGGGACGAUCCCGAUCAUCAGCCUUGGUGCGAUGUGCGUCAGGGGUUGGAAGGGGAAGACCAAGUGGAAUCCUUCCGGGAUAGAGGUCAUUACUCAAGAGUUCAGACACUCCCCUCAGACGCUUGAUAUUCGCGGAGGAGCCCAAACUGCGGACCAUGUUGACAUUCUCGGCUCAACACCGCUGAAUGAGGCGAUCAUGAAGAUUGCAUCUGGACGGGGAGAUCUGGUGGAGAAUCAGAUUGAAAGCCGCAUAGAGGAGAUUGUCGAGAAGAUGCAGUGGGAUUGA